CUAAAGGAACUUGUCGACACUAUUUCCUUCUUUAAAGCCCGAUUCACCCUUGAAUAUUCGUUUACCGUUAAUCGCACGUCGCUAAAUGUAGCACUUAUAGAUAACCUUUUCCCUGAACCUCUGUACCGAAAGCCGUAUCUGUCUCUAUUUGGCCAAGAUGUUCUUUGCCGAGUCCGUAGAAUGUGCAUUGCGCCUGCAGCGAAAACGUUUUUCUUUAAGCUGCACACCUCCACACUGCCAGUUAAAACGUGGCUUCAGGAAAAAGGACUGUUCGUACCCUGGAAUACAAAUUGUAGACUUUGCAAUCAACCCGAGACAAUAGAGCAUUGCUUUAUACUUUGUCGUGACGCAUUUCAUUUUUGGGACAUUCUACAAAGAACUCUCAAAAAAGACUUUCCUCUCACAUGUUAUGGUAUCCGGUUCCUUCCUUUCAAAAAGACAGCCAGUAAUACACCAUACGAUUUGUUUAUGCUAUUAGGACUUUAUUCAUUAUGGAGAAGUCGAAUGAUCGACAGACAUGCCGAGCCACCUCGCUCGACAAGGUCUAUUUUCCGUGAAGAGACUGCUCAAGUCCGUAGUGUGGUUGCUACAUAUGAUCCCGUACCUGAAUGGAUUUCGCGUCUGGACGCUUGUGUUUGUUUGCCAGAAUUUUGAACUGUCAUUGGACUGCAUACUGUGUGUGAAUUUGUUUUGUGUGCGUGUAUGUUCAUAUGUAAUGUAACUGCAUUGAUUUGACACUACCAAUAUUUCCAUGCAAUAAAGAAAAAAAAAAAACAA